CAACAAUACAGCAGAAGAAGCCUAGCCCUAGCAGCAGGGUAUCUGAUGCUGUGCUAUGGGGUAACACCCUUCUUCUUAUUUUCCCCUCUGUCAUCCCCUUUUGUCUCCAGUCUGCCUUAAUCUUGCAGACCACCUCUUUCGUUUGCCUCCCCCUAACUGCCGCUCAACAUGCAAGGUUUCUAUUCCAAGCUCAACUCCUCCCCCUCUUCGUCCCCCCUGUUGGGGGCGGGUCUCAGAGCGGAUGGCGCUCGAGUGCCUCUCAGUUUGGCCGUGGAGACGGAGAAAGCCCAGGCCCUCCUACAAACGUUCAGCUCCGCCUCCCUGUUGGCUUCUGCAGGACUCGGGAUGUUCUGUGUGGUGGCAGAUCACACGCUUCAAAUGUCUGGCAUCCAGCAGCAUCUGUGGCUGCGUGCAGUCUUGGACAGCGCCACGCAUGGAUUGGUGGGGCUGUGGUCGUGGGCUGUUGUGAUUGGACUGAGGAAAAAGAGUGAUUUCUAUGAGGUGCUGCUGGCAGGGCUUCUGGCAUCACUUAUAGACCUGGACCACUUCUACAUGGCUGGAUCACUUUCACUUAAGGCUGCAGUGUCACUUCCUCACCGCCCUCCCCUCCACUGUUCCUCCCUGAUCCCCGUCGUUUGCCUCACCCUCCGCUUCCUCAUGUCGAUCGGCCGCCUUAAAGACGCCUGGUGUUCCUUGCCAUGGAUGCUCUUCAUUUCCAUGACGUCUCACCAUGUGCGGGACGCCGUGCGCCACGGCCUGUGGGUCUGCCCGUUUGGAAGCACCGCGCCUGUCCCCUACUGGCUGUAUGUCAGCAUCACAGCGACACUUCCGCACCUGUGCUCUGUGCUCAUGUACCUGACGGGAACCAGGGACAUGAUCUCCACCAAACAUGGGGUGGCGAUCGACGUCUAGACGUCACGGACUCACAGGUGGUAUCAGUUAUCCCUGGAGG